AAGCGCUCGGGGCGGAAGCGCUCGGGGCGGAAGCGGAAGUGCGCGGCUGGCAGCGGCUGGGCCGAGGGCGGCGCGGGCGCGUCCCUGGCUGUGCGGGCGCAUCUCUAGAUCCUUUCCGGGAGCUUUCCAGGAGUUCAGUUAUGGGCGUGAGAGGUUUGCAGGGGUUUGUGGGCAGUACCUGCCCACACAUCUGUACAGUGGUGGAUUUCCGAGAGCUGGCAGAACGCCACCGAAGCGAGCACCCUGGGAGCACUCCUACCAUCGUGGUCGACGCCAUGUGUUGUCUCAGAUACUGGUAUACUCCCGAGUCUUGGAUCUGCGGUGGCCAGUGGCGGGAAUACUUUUCUGCUUUGCGGGAUUUUGUUAAGACUUUCACAACUGUUGGCAUCAAGCUGGUGUUCUUCUUUGACGGCAUGGUGGAGCAGGAGAAGAGAGAUGAGUGGGUGAAACGGAGGCUCAAGAACAAUAAGGAGAUCUCCAGGAUCUUCCAGUAUAUCAAGUCACACAGGGAGCAGCCCGGCAGAAAUAUGUUCUUCAUCCCGUCAGGGCUGGCCAUCUUCACACGAUUCGCUCUGAAGACCCUGGGUCAGGAAACCCUGUGUUCCGUACAGGAGGCUGAUUAUGAGGUGGCCUCUUAUGGCCUCCAGAAUAACUGUCUUGGGAUUCUUGGAGAAGAUACUGACUACUUAAUUUAUGAUACUUGUCCCUACUUUUCAAUUGGUGACCUCUGCCUGGAGAGUCUUAGUACUGUCAUGCUUUGUAGAGAGAAGCUCUGUGAGAGUCUGGCUAUCAGCCUAGCAGACCUUCCUCUUCUGGCCUGCCUACUUGGCAAUGACAUAAUCCCAGAGGGCAUGUUUGAGAGCUUUCGGUACAAAUGCUUGUCUUCGUACACUUCUCUCAAGGAGAACUUUGACAAAAAGGGUAACGUUAUUUUAGCUGUAGCAGACCAUAUCUCUAAAGUUCUUCACUUGCAUCAGGGUGAGAAAAAGCUGGAAGAGAUGUUACCUUUGGGACCAAACAAAGCUCUCUUUUAUAAGGGUGUGGCAUCCUAUCUUUUGCCAGGACAGAAAUCUCCAUGGUUUUUCCAAAAACCCAAGGGUUUAAUAACUUUACCCAAGCAGGUGGUAUCCAUGAGUUCAGACCCUGAACCCAAGCAAGGAGUUCCCAUGUGUGCAGACCCCGAACCCAAGCAAGGAGUUCCCAUGUGUGCGGACCCUGAACCCAAGCAAGGAGUUCCCAUGUGUGUGGACCCUGAACCCAAGCAAGGAGUUCCCAUGUGUGCGGACCCCGACCCCAAGGAUGGAGUUCCCAUGUGUGCGGAUCCCGAACCCAAGCAAGGAGUUCCCAUGUGUGUGGACCCUGAACCCAAGCAAGGAGUUCCCAUGGGUGCGGACCCCGAACCCAAGCAAGGAGUUCCCAUGUGUGCGGACCCCGACCCCAAGCAAGGAGUUCCCAUGUGUGCGGACCCCGAGCCCAAGCAAGGAGUUCCCAUGUGUGCGGACCCCGAACCCAAGCAAGGAGUUCCCAUGUGUGCGGACCCCGAGCCCAAGCAAGGAGUUCCCAUGUGUGCGGACCCCGAGCCCAAGCAAGGAGUUCCCAUGUGUGCGGACCCCGAGCCCAAGCAAGGAGUUCCCAUGUGUGCGGACCCCGAGCCCAAGCAAGGAGUUCCCAUGUGUGCGGACCCCGAGCCCAAGCAAGGAGUUCCCAUGUGUGCGGACCCCGAGCCCAAGCAAGGAGUUCCCAUUUGUAUAGAUCCUGAAUCUAGGCAAGGAGUUCCCAUAUAUGCACACACUGCAAUCAAGCAAAAGUUACCUCUAGGGGCAGAUCCUGAAUUUAAACUGGAAGCAUCCAUGUGUACAGACCCUGCAAUUAAACAAGACCACAUGCAUAUGGAGCCCGAAGUCAAACAAGUAACUAUGGUUUCAGACCCUGAAAUUUUAAAGGUGGCUAGAGCGCAUCACGUGCAGGCCGAGAGCUACCUGGUGUACAGCAUCAUGAGCAGCGGCGAGAUCGAGUGCGGCAACACGCUGGAGGACGCCCUGGACCAGGCCCUGCCCAGCCAGGCCUUCGUCUACCGCCCGGUGCGGCAGCGCGUCUACGCCCUCCUGCUGGGCGACGGCAGAGAUGGCGCCAGCCCCUGCCCCACCGUCAAGGAGUGGUUCGUGUACUCGGGGAACCCGCUGAGGCACCCGGACCUCGUCAGGCCUCUGCAGAUGAACAUUCCAGGGGGCACACCGGAUUUGAAAUCACUGUGGCUGAACCAGGAGCCGGGAGUACAGGGCUGGCGCUUGGACGCCCUCCUGGGCUGUUUCGACCUCUCCUCCUCCAGAGAAGAGCUGCAGGCGGUGGAAAACCCCUUCAAGGCGCUGUGCUGCCUCUUGAUCUACCUCUUCGUGCAGGUGGACACUCUUUGCCUGGAGGAUCUGCAUGCUUUUAUUGCUCAGGCCUUGUGCCUCCAAGGAAAGUCAACGGUGCAGCUUGUGGACCUGCAGCUUGACUACAUCGACCCCCGAGCUGUGCAGCUUGGCUCCCUCCUCGUCCGCGGCCUCACCACUCUGGUCUUGGUCAACAGCGCGUGCGGCUUCCCCUGGAGGACGAGUGACUUCAUGCCCUGGAACGUGUUUGACGGGAAGCUGUUCCAUCAGAAGUACCUGCAGGCAGAGAAGGGGCACAGCGUGGAGGCGCUCGUGGAGCAGAACAGGUCCCGGCUGACCAAGUUCCACGCUCUGAAGUCAGUCGUGUGCAAGGCGUGCAUGAAGGAAAACAGACGCAUCGUCAGCCGGCAGCACGGGCGCUCCCAGCAGCCAGGCAGGUGGGGCAGGCAGGGAUCCGGCUCCCACAGGACGAGCUCUGGGUACAGCCGGGCAGGCCACGGACAGCACUGGAGGGACCAGGGAGCAGGAAAUAGACCAUAUGACCCUGACCAUUGGAGGAGAUACUCACCCUCUUCUGGCUUCAGGGGUGGAGUUCAGUGACUCGUCAGUUGCGUACAGCGCCCAGUGCUCAUCACUUCAUGCGCCUUCCUCGCGCCCGUCACCCAGUUACCCCCACCCCACCCACCGCCCCUCCAGCGACCCUCAGUUUGUUUCCUGCGGUGAGAAUCUCUUAUGGUUUGCCUCCCUCUCUGAUUUUGUUUUCCUUUUUCCUCCCUUCCCUGUGUUCAUCUGUUUUGUGUCUUAAGUUCCACAUAAAUGUGAAAUCAUGUGGUAUUUGUCUUUCUCUGACUGACUUAUUUCCCUCAGGAUGACACCCUCUAUCCAUCCGUUCCCUCACGCAUGGCAAGCGUUCACUUGGUGGCUGCGUUAUAUCCCACUCUACAUUAUAAGCACUUACUUCAUCCAUAUAUGUCGAUGGACAUCUUGCCUCUAUAUUUGGGCUGUUGUGGACAUUUCUGCUGUAAACACUGGGGGGCAGGUGCCCCUUCAGAUCACUAUGCUUGUGUCCUUUGGAUGAAUACCCAGUAGUGCAGCUACUGGGUCAUAGGGUAGUUUUUACCCUUCUGAGGAGCCACAGAGCAGAGUGAUGCUGUUGAAGUUACUGGUUAAAUUCAACUUAGAGUGUUACAACUUGAAGGUGUUAGAUGUAAUCCCCACAGUAAACACAAAGAUAAUAGCUAUUGAAUAUACACACAGACAAGGAAAUGAGAAGAGAAUUAAAAUGUGUCUGUACGAAACAAAAUCCACCAAAAAACAGUUAAAACACCGAAAAAGGCAGUAAUGGAGGACAGGAAGGACCAAAAGCUCUAGAGCACAUAGAAAACAUGCAGAGUAGCAGAAGUCCCUACUUAUCAGUAAUUACUUUAAAUUUAAAUUUAUUAAAGUCUCCAGUCAAAAGAGAUUGACAGAACAGAUUUUUUAAAAAAUGUGACACGUGCUCUGUUUGACAGAUUCCUAUUAGACCCCCAGACACAAGUAGGUUGAACAUAAAAGGAGGUGAGCGGCAUGUCUGAUGGUCGUGGUCAUGAGGACGCCCACUAGACUGCAGAGAAGAACCUCCACGAUGAGAAAAUAAGAGAAACAGUUGAAGAAUGCUGCGGCUGAAAUGAGAACCGCGCUAGAGGGAACCAGCCGCAGGUUGGGGGACGCGGGACGACGGAUCAGCGGUCUGGAAGACAGGGUGAUAGAAAGCACCUAAGCUGAAUAGGAAGAAAAAGGGAUGUUUUAAA